CUGGUAUCAUUCUGUGGCAGAUUUGAUUUUUCUUCUACCCCUGUUUAUUCGCUAAUUCACGAAUUUCUAUCAGGCCAUCCUGGCACCUAUCCAGAGGAACCACCGCCAGCUUAUUCCAGCGGUGAUCAUACUCCGGAAGAACAUCCUUUAAUCGAUGAAGAUGAUGACGAACUAAUGUCUUCACCUUUUGAUCAGCAGCGCAAACCUGGAAGCACUGUUGGCGCGAUCGUGCAAGGCAUCGCCGGUUUAGCGGUAGCACCGGCUUUGUCCAAAUCACCUUCCAGUGAGACAAUGAAACUGGAAAUGAAAAACGAUGGAAGACCGGGCGAAGGACACGAUCAAACUAACGAAUCAUUAGCACCGCUUGGAUCCGAUGAGAAGGAGCUUCUAGGAUACAUCGAAGCAUACACAGCGGAAACGGUGCACAUCGAGACACUGAUCAAGCCAUUCUUAUUGGACUACAUACCGGCUGUUGGUGAUGUUGAUGCGUUUAUCAAAAUACCACGACCGGAUGAGGUUUUCUUCCUCCUAAUUCGAAUAAUUCCGUGA